AUGGAGUACAAACCCCAACCCACCUCGCCUCCCAACCCUCAACUCCAACCCCGCCUCAUAAUCCACGGCGGCGCCGGCAACAUCACCCCCGCGACCCUAACCCCGGAGCGCUACGCCGAGUUCCGCACCGCCCUCCUCACCAUCAUCUCCAAAUCCCACACUUACAUGACCACCCCCCUCCCUCCCUCCUCCACCACCACCACUUUUGGGGGCACCACCACCACCUUAGCAAGCACCACCACCACCACCCAAAACCCCAAUCCCUUACCCAGCGCCCUCGCCACCGCAACACACGCCGUCACCCUCCUCGAGGACAACCCGCUCUUCAACGCCGGCCACGGCGCCGUCUUCACGCGCGAUGGCACCCACGAGCUGGAAGCCUCAGUCAUGGUAUCGCGGGGCCAUGCCAAGCGCGCCGUGGGCGUGUCCGGCCUCCGCCGCGUGCGCAACCCGAUCCGGCUGGCGCGGGAGCUGCUCGAGAGGGGGGAGGGGGAUCUCCGCCCGUCGGGUUUGAUGGGGGGGAUGGAUGCUGGGGAGGGUGGGGGUGGGGGUGACGGGUUGCUGGAUGUACCCGGGGCGCAGGGGCAUACGCAUCUGCAUGGGCUGGCGGCGGAGCAGUUGGCGGAGAGGUACGGGUUGGCGAUGGUGGAGCAGGGGUAUUUCUGGACGAGGCGAAGGUGGGAGGAGCAUGUGAGGGGGUUGGAGAGGGAGAAGAAGGGGGGUGGGCUGGGGACGUGGUGUAGGGAGGAGUAUGUGCCGCAGGGGACGGUGGGGGCGGUGGCGGUGGAUGGGGAGGGUGUUGUGUGUGUUGCGACGAGCACGGGCGGGCUGACGAACAAGUUGACGGGGAGGAUUGGGGAUACGCCGACAGUGGGGGCGGGGUUUUGGGCGGAGGAAUGGGUUGAGGAUGCCGGUGGUUCGGGGACUGGAUGGGUAAAGCAUGGUCCGGCGGUGGUGUUGUCGGGGGGUUUGAAGGGGAUAAUGGCCGAGUGUUUGCCGACGCCGUGGGUUUACACCCCACUUGUGGCCGCUUCGGGCAACCUGACGAGAACUCGCUCGGUUGCCGUCUCUGGUACUGGCAAUGGCGACUCGUUUUCUUCGGACAGCGGCCGCCAGAACGGCGGGGAGGUCCAGAAGAGCGCCGGGGAUCGGUGGGGUAAAACUGGCGAAGGUGAGGGCGGCAUGAUCGGCAUCGAGUGUAUCGUCGUGAAGGAGGCCGAGGGUCGCGUGGUCGACGCUCGGUCCGAGCUGCUCCAAGAUUACAAUUGCGGCGGUAUGUUUCGGGCUUGGGUCGAUCAGCGCGGGGUCGCAGUCGCUCGGGUGUUUCGAGAGGACCAGGAAGUGUCUGGCGCGUAUGUUGGCGAAGGCAAGCCGGAGAACCCGCGGCUAUGGUUCGGUGAGAAACUAGGUUAA